UUUGAAACCUCGGGCGCAGUAGCAUUUCCCAAACUCGUAUAUUAUUACAACAUCGACCACACAUGCCUCUCUCCGAUCUCGUCCACGACAGUCUCCUCCUGCAUGACGACGUUGCGUCGCUCAAGGCGGCGCAGGUCAGCGAUCUCAAGCAAGCGCGCGUGCACUCGAGUGCCAAGAGCGUAGCCUACUAUGGCAGCAGUCCGUUCACGGUCUACACCCUCAUCGCGACGUGCCCCGGCACAAAGGCGUGGUGGGUUCUCAAGAAGCGCUACUCGCAGUUCUUCUCGCUCCGGAAGCGGCUGCUGCAUCUUUCAGCGACCGCGCCGCCCGCCGUCCAGACGCUCCUCGCGCCAAUCGCCGACGCCGACUUUCCCAAGAAGCACCUCCUCGUGAGCGUCAACAACAAGACCAUCAUCAACGAGCGCAAACUGACGCUGCAGCGCUUCACAGCAAUGCUCCUUGGCCUCCGCGCCAGCUGCGUCUUGGCGACGCUCGAGCACGCGUCCGACGACGUUGUGCAAUGCGUGCUUGACACGCUCUACGACCUGCUCGAAGACUUUCUCGAAGUACCGCACCACAAAAGCAACGAUCUUCACAAGCACUCGGCCGCCAGCGACGACGAAGCCAGCGAUGACGACGAUGACGGCGCGUCGACGAGCCUCUCGUCACCAGACGAAGCGGCGUCCCCCGAUGUCACAUCGGUGCCGGCAGACAAAGACGACGACACCACAGCGACGGCCGAGGAGAACACUAUUUGCACCAUCUGCCUCUGCGAGCUCUCGACCAACGACGACGAGCUCGUGCCGGCCAAGAAGGUGCAUUUUGAAGUCGAGAACGACGUCGACGAAGAUGCUGUGCUCGCGUUGCCGUGUGGCCACAAGUUUCACGAAGAGUGCGUCAUGUACUGGGUCGAGCAAAAGAACUCGUGCCCUGUCUGCCACGCCGACGCCUUUGACGGCACCGUGCUCUAAGCUCUUAUUUCUGCGUGCUCGAUGGAAAGCACGCACACGAUUAUCGACUAUUAUUACUAUCUGUAAACUAUAAACUGAAAUAUCAUUGAUGAAUCCGCACA